AUGUCGCACGCACCUAGAAAUAGCUUCAUUGCUCCCGGCGUAUCUCGCUACUCUCGUUCCGCUGCCUACUCCAAGAAGGCUCAAUACAAGCGUAAGCAAACCGCUGUUGCUGCUCCUGCCAAGGCUGCUGCUACUGACAAGACUGUCGAGGUUAAAGGUGGUAAGAACGGUAACAACCGUACCGUCCCUGCUCAAAAGGCUUCUCGCUUCUACCCUGCUGAGGAUGUUCCUCAACCCAAGGCUGGUCGCAAGGCUGCUCCCAAGACCUCUCUCCGUUCCACCAUCACUCCCGGUACCGUUGCCAUCCUCUUGGCCGGUCGUCACAGUGGUAAGCGUGUCGUCGUCUUGAAGCAACUCGACUCCGGUCUCCUCCUCGUCACUGGUCCCUUCAAGAUCAACGGUGUCCCUUUGAGACGUGUCAACCAAGCCUACGUUAUUGCCACCUCCACCAAGGUUGAUAUCUCUGGUGUCAAGGUUGAUGAGAAGAUCAACGAUGCUUACUUCAAGAAGGCCGCUAAGGCUGAUAAGGCUUUCCUUCAAGGUGAAGAGAAGAAGGCUGCUUUCCCUGAGUCCAAGGCUGCUGACCAAAAGGCUGUUGACAAGGCUCUUCUCGAAGUUGUUGCCAAGACUCCUUUCCUCCGUCAAUACUUGGCCUCUUCUUUCGGUUUGAACAAAGGUCAAUUCCCUCACAACAUGAAGUUUUAA